AUGGAUUUUUCGACUAUUUUGAAAGAAAAAUAUCGCGAAGAGCUGGAAAAACUCGCUGGCGAUGAAGAUCAAAUCAACGAAAUUGUCCUCAAUUCUGAACCAAUACAACAUUUGUUUAUGGAAAAAGAUCUGAUUCUGGCCGCGAACAGGACAAUGGCAGAGGAUAAUCUGGCUCUGAAGCCGCGAUUGGAAGAGUCGCGAAAUGCACUGAUUGAAGUGCACAAUCAAUUGGCAAGCAAACAGGAUCAACUCGAGGCGAAACAGAGGCAGCUUCAAUCCAAAAGAAGUUCUUACUCUCCUGAUUCCGCAGCCGCAAUUCUCCAAGCAUCAGCUGCUGAGGCAGAACAGAACUCGGAAGUGAUAGCAGACGGAUUUGUCAGAGGAGAAAUAGAUGUUCGCGACUUUUUGAAAGAAUUUCUCGAUGCUAGGGCUAAAUCUUACGAUCUCAAGCACAAGGCAGAAAAUAUGGUAAAAGUCUUCCAGUCCUCGCAAAACCGCCAAUCUCGUCCGAGCAACCCAUCAAGCGCUCCCAGUCCGUAUCCAAACCAACCCAGGGCACCUUACAUGAAUCAGUACGUUCCUGCUCCUUCGCAACCAAACGCUGCAGUGCCCUAUCCUUCCGUUCCUUACGGCCAGCCUCAACAACAGCGACAACAAAUGCCCUACCCAACAUCUGGCGCGGGAUUCCCAGCUUAUCCGCCAGGCUCUGCUUUUUAA